AUGUCGACGACAGUCGCAAAGCGUAAGCGUGCGAGGAAGGCAUGCAUUCCUUGCCACCAGCGCAAGAGGAAAUGCGACGCCGAGUAUCCCUGUGGCACGUGCACCACCUACGAAUACAACUGCAGGUAUGCCGACGACGACACCACUGGCAUUGCGGGUGGCGGCAUACACGCUCCGCCGGCCCAAGCCGAGCGCGUCAGCGUCGACGGCGGAAGUAGUAAGGGGAGCCGGGCUGCCGCCACAUCGCGGAGUCCGGACAACCGACCAUAUGUAGCGGGAGGGCCACGCGGAGCCGACGGCUCAUCGUCGAAGAGUCCGACCGGCAUAGCCGCCUCGUCCGCGGCUACCCCCACGGCCGCCGGCAUCUUCGACGAGCAGAAGUCUAGAUAUGCCGGGGCAUCGGCGGCCAUGGCAUUCCCACAUAUCCUAGGCGUGGCUCUCGGCUCUGACGGCCCUCCCGAGAUGCACUCGUUUGCCUAUAACUUCGGUAUCCGCCCCGAGGAGGCCUCCAACACUCAUGGCUUGCUGGGGAAGCUCAUCUCGGAGGACGACCUCGGCUUCUUCUCGGGUGUGUACUUUUCAGUAUUGGCGCCUAUCGGUGACUAUAUGGACCCGAGAAUCUACGCCCAGCGAUGUCGGGAUUAUUACCAUGGCCUCGGCAGCACCGCGGUCGCCUUUGGCGCUGUGGCCGCUGGCGUCGCUGCUCUCGGGUCAUUCCUAUCACCCAACAGACACCCGCGAGAGUCUGACCUAGUGCAGUACGCCAAAGCCAUUCUCGAUGACCCGGCCUCCAUGCGCUUGCUGGGCAUCGAUCACAUCAUCGCGGGGGGCUUGCGAGUGCUUUACUUGCGGGCCACGACCCGCCCUAAUACUGCCUGGGUCGCGUCGUGCACUGUGAUGCACCUCUGCGAAGCGGUCGGGCUGCACGAAGAAGAGAACAUAAAGAAGAUGGCGUCCGUCGCCGGUGCCGCUGUUGUUGGACAUGAUGCAGACCGGCUGAGGCGAAUUUUCUGGAUCUCUUGGGCCGGGCAUAACAUGCUGUCCUAUGAGUUCGAUCGUUCGUCUGUACGAUUUGGCGCCGUGACUUGCCAGGCUAUCAUUCCGACAGUAGGUUCUGUUGCCGACCAGUUCGUGCAAAUAGCGCAGAUCAUCCCGGCACCUAACUCCCCGUUCCACCUCGAACCCCAGCCUCCAACUCCGAGGGAGGAGCUAUUUGAGCGCCUCAGGGCAUUGGAUAAGCUCCAAUUCACCCAUCCGUUCCUGACGGUGACUAAGGCGGAUCUCGCGUUUUGCUUCUAUCGACGCAUUUACCAGCUCAAGAUGGGCAUAUCGGACGAGAUCAUUCAACUAGUCAUUGAUAGCGGCAACGCCGCGGUGGAGGCGGCGCAGCAGCUAGCUAACCAGGGUCAUCUGUUCUGGAACGUCAUAGGCAGCGUCUUCCAGUAUGCCUGCAUCCUGUUGGCCAUCGACACGCCGGCCGCCUCGGUCCACAUCGCUGCUGCCUUCAAAUGUUUGGAGAAUCUGGUGCACGCUGCCGACACAGGACUGACGCGUAAGGCAUUGUCGAUGGCGCGACAUCUACUCAGCCUCAAUAUGGCAAAGAAGCGAAAGGAACUCGCCCAGCUAGAGGCUGUCGAGGCGAGUUAUCAAUCCUUCCAGGCGCAGCCGGAAUCCGACGCCAAUAAGGCUGUGCCAGACAUGGGCUGGGCGGAGGACUGGGACCUGUUCCUCACUGAGCCAUAUCUAUCGAUGAUCGGCCCUGGCAUCCAGUUGUAG